AUGCAACCUAGCUGCGUUUUUCUCGCCGUUGCCCUUAUAGUCUGUACAUUUGCUCAAGAGAAGAAAAUCGACAAACUCCAAAUUGGUAUAAAGAAAAGAGCAGAGUCAUGCGAAAUGAAGUCAAGGAAAGGCGAUGUAUUGCAUAUGCACUACACCGGUACCCUUCUCGAUGGCACCGAGUUUGAUUCUAGCCGUACACGAAAUCAAGAGUUCACCUUUACAUUGGGUAUGGGACAGGUGAUUAAGGGAUGGGAUCAAGGACUUCUGAAUAUGUGCGUUGGAGAACGUCGGAUCCUCACCAUCCCUUCCCAUAUGGCAUACGGAGAGCGUGGUUCUCCACCGAAAAUCCCAGCCAAUGCUCCACUGAAAUUUGACGUAGAACUGAUGAAGAUUGAUCGUAAAGGAGAGUUGUAA